CCGGCGGGCUGGCGCCCUGCCCCGGGGAGCGCGGCCAGCUCGGCAGCCCUGCUUUUCCCAGCCCCGGACCCGGCGAUUGGUCCCGGUGUCCCAGGCACCGUGGUCUUUAAAGGCCUGGGGCGUAAUCAGAAAAUCGUUGUGUAGGGUUUACUUUAAUCGGAUUGUUUAUUAAUCGUUUACCCCUCCUUGCUGCUGCCUGCGAAGUUCAUUAUCUUAGAAAUCAACGCAAGAUCUGCAGUGUUGAUUAGCCCUGAUUUUCCCGGGUUUGGAAAAAACUGGCCCUACCACCAGCGAGAAGUCCAGCCCACGUGGAAGGAAACUGUCCUUUAAUGACACUAGAAUAUUAUUAUUACUAUUAUCAUUAUUAUUAAUAUAUUUGCUUGCAAGAAAACUUAAAACGAAUUUCAGACAGCUCCAUACCAUCUUUAUUAUUGUCAAGGCAGUCUGUGUCCAUCUGUCAAGACCGAGAGAGUGUUAAUAAUACAGACCUUCUAAAAACUUGUUGUCAAAGUAGUACAUGAACAAGAUUUAAAAAUCAAAUGGUGAAGAAAGAGUUAUAUGAAAAAGAAUUUUCCUACCUUAUCCUUUCCCAUUCCCAGCCUUUGUCCUCUGAGGCAACUACAUUUCAACAAGAGUAAUAAUAAUCUCUUAAUGUCCAUUUCUCCUUGAUAGAACAAUUUGAUUUUUUAAAAUUUCCUCCUGUUGCUUCACCUUAUUACAGUGUCUUAACACUUCAUUAUAAGUAUUUUUCUAAAAGUCAUGGUUAUUGUGUAACAUAUAAAUGUUAUGAAACUAGCUUGGACAUUUUUGUCAUGAAUAAUUUUUAGCUAAUGUUUUUUAGCUGAAUUUAAUUCAGGCAUCUGUUUUUGGUGAUGUGGUUAGCAUUUCAAGUGCUGUCUUUUAUGGGUCAAUUUCAAGUGUAAUUAUGAUUUCACUUUAGGGCAUGUGGGAUUUAGAAAGGAGCAAUGAAAAUUAUGAAAUUAUGAAUGUGUCCUUUGGAUGUUAAAUCCAUUGCACCAAGCAUGAGCUGUGUGAUCUGCCUAGAGAUCAAAGGCAACUGUUUCCAGUCAGAGAAGGAAACCAGCGCCUGGCAUUCUCACCAGCUUUUCACCUGCCAUGAUUAAGUGCUUGUCAGUUGAAGUACAAGCCAAACUGCGUUCUGGUUUGGCCAUAAACUCCUUAGGCCAAUGUGUUGAGGAACUUGCCCUCAACAGUAUUGAUGCAGAAGCCAAAUGUGUGGCUGUCAGGGUGAAUAUGGAAACCUUCCAAGUUCAAGUGAUAGACAAUGGAUUUGGGAUGGGGAGUGAUGAUGUGGACAAGGUGGGAAAUCGUUAUUUCACUAGUAAAUGCAACUCAGCACAAGACUUGGAGAAUCCCAGGUUUUAUGGUUUCCGAGGGGAGGCCUUGGCAAGUAUAGCUCACAUGGCCAGUGCUGUGGAAAUUUCAUCCAAGAAAAACAGGACAAUGAAAACUUUUGUGAAACUAUUUCAGAAUGGAAAAGCCCUGAAAGCUUGUGAAGCUGAUUUGACUAGACCGAGUGCCGGGACAACAGUAACAGUAUAUAAUCUAUUUUACCAGUUACCUGUAAGGAGGAAAUCCAUGGAUCCCAGACUGGAGUUCGAGAAGGUUAGGCAGAGGAUAGAAGCAGUCUCACUCAUACACCCUUCUAUUUCUUUCUCUUUGAGAAAUGAUGUUUCUGGUUCCAUGGUUCUUCAGCUCCCUAAAGCCAAAGACGUGCGUUCCCGAUUUUGUCAGAUUUAUGGACUGGGGAAGUCCCAAAAGUUAAGAGCAAUAAAUUUUAAAUAUAAGGAGUUUGAGCUUAGUGGCUAUAUCAGCUCUGAAGCACAUUACAAUAAAAACAUACAGUUUUUGUUUGUGAACAAAAGACUAGUUCUAAAGACAAAGUUACAUAAACUCAUUGACUUUCUGUUAAGGAGAGAAAGUAGCAUCUGCAAGCCCAAGAAUGGCUCUGCCAGUAGGCAGAUGAGUUCAAGUCCUCGGCAUCGUUCUGCUCCAGAACUCCAUGGGAUAUAUAUAAUCAAUGUGCAGUGUCAAUUCUGUGAGUAUGAUGUAUGCAUGGACCCUGCAAAAACUUUAAUUGAGUUUCAGAACUGGGAUACUCUUUUGAUUUGCAUUCAGGAAGGAGUGAAAAUGUUUUUAAAGAGAGAAAAAUUAUUUGUGGAAUUAUCGGGUGAGGAUAUUAAGGAAUUUAGUGAACAUAAUGAGUUUAGUUUAUUUGGUGCUACUGUUCAGAAGCAAGUGUCCUCUGAUGACAAACAUGACCAGGGCAGUUUCCAGGAAGCAUGUAAUAAUAUUUUGGAUUCCUAUGAGAUGUUCAAUUUGCAAUCAAAAGCUGUGAAAAGGAAAGCUACUAUGGAAAACACAAACACACAGAAUUCUAGGGAUUCAGAAGCUCUCAGGAAAAAUACAAGUGAUUCACUAUUAAACAUUUACGAAUCAGAUGGCCUAGGCCAUAGUAUAAGGACAGAGUCAUCUGUACAAAACAAAGAUAGCUUUUGCUCAGAAUUGAGGAUGUUACAACAACAGACAAUGGAAACAACAGAAUCAGGAGAAUAUAAGAAUAUACCUUGUUUGGAGCAUCACUCUUUAGAAAAGCCAUGUGGGACCAGUUCAGAAAUGUUUUUAAGGCCUUUUCAGACACUUCAUCACUUUGAGGAGAGUGGGAUGAAUCGAGAAGUACAGAAAGUACCUAGUGCUGCCCACAUCUUUAAUAGGAUUCAGAAUCAACUAGAGCGAUUUAAAGAUGCCACUGAAAUGGGAAGCCAUCCUUUGCCUUUUGAGACAACAUUAUUCAGAGUACAUAGUGCUCAGAAAGAAAAAAGAAAAAAAGAACCUAGUAGUUGUGGAAGAAUAAAUGUUUUUAGUUAUGGACAAGUUAAAUUAUGUUCUACUGGCUUUAUAACUCAUGUGGUACAAAAUGAGCGACCUGAAUCAACUGAAACAGGACAUUCAUUUAAAAAUUAUCAAGGUCCUCAAGUUGGACCUGGUCCCACAAGUGCCCAAGAAACAUUUGGAAAUAGAACACAUCAUUCAUUUGAAACCCCAGACAUCAAAGAUUUAGUCAGCACUUUAAAUAAAGAUUCUGCUCAAAUGCCCAACAAAAAAUUUUGCAGAACAAAUAUAAGUUAUGGACUAGGGAAUAGAACUAUAACAACUUCUAAAAAUUUUCCUGUUUUUCAGGAAAGUAGUAAAAAAUCACAUGCAGGUUGCUCAUUACCUGAUACAUCCUCUGUUUUCCCUUGGUGUAGACAUAUUUCGAAUGGUAGUAAGAAAACAGAUAAAAUGAUCAGUUCCUCCAAACCCAUAGUGCAUAAAAAGCUAAGCUUGAGUUCACAACUGGGAUCUUUAGAAAAGUUUAAGAGGCAAUAUGGGAAGGUUAAAAAUCCCCAAGAUACAGAGGGGAAUAAUAUUGACGUAGAGGAAAAUGAUAUUGAAGUCACUACCAAUCUCAGUCCUCAAGUUGAACCUGACAUUCCACUGAAUGAUAAGAGCUGCUUGGACAACUCUGAUAUUUAUAAAAUCACUUCUGUAAAGCAUGAUGAUCCAAAUAGUAAUUGUCAACCAGUAGGUCACACGCUUUACUCAGAGAAGCUUCCAUUUUCCAAGGAUGAAGAUUGUUUGGAAAAACAGAUGCUGUAUUUGAGAGAAAGUCCUAUAACAAUACAGGAGUUAUCUCACUUUAAUAGAAAACCGUUGGCUCUUGUGGAGUCACCUGAAUCACUAGCCUCUAAAUUAUCUAGACUGAAGGGUUCUGAAAAAGAGACUGAAACAGUGGAGGUGAUGAAUUUUAAUGAACUUCCAGAUUCAGAUUCCAGUAGGAAAAGCGUGUGCAUUGAGUUAACCCAAGAUUUUUGUAACUUACUUGAAGAUGAGCAUAAAAAAACAGAGAAUAGUAUCAUCCCAAUGUCAGGUUCUGUCACACAGGAUAAUUCCUUUAAAAAAGACAGUAAAACAUAUUCUAACAACAAUACAACAGAGAACUCUGUGAGUCCAGAAACUCCUUCAGUAUUACCCUAUACUAAUUCUAAAGUUACCAGUGAAGAUUCAGAUGUUCUUCUCAGAGCUUCAGAACAACAGACAGGAAGUCCUGACUCUCCCAGUAGAAUGUUUAUGGGUCAGGUAGAAGAUUCCACAGGCACCCAAAAUGGAAUUUGCCUUCCAACCAAGGAAUCUAAAGCAAAAGCUUGUCCUGAAAAUGAAGAGUCAAAUAUGUGUUCUUUGGAUUGGCAGCAGCAUUUUGAUUUAGCCCUGGGAAGAAUGGUUUACAUCAACAAGAGGACUGGACUCAGCACGUUUGUGGCUCCUACUGAGGAUGUUCUGAGUGCUUGUACUAAAGACCUGACAACUGUGGCUGUGGAUGUUGUACUUGAGAAUGGGUCUCAGUACAGGUGCCAUCCUUUUAGAAGCAACCUUAUUCUUCCUUUCCUUCCAAGAGCUCGGACAGAGAGGACUGUGAUGAGACAGAACAACAGAGAUACUGUGGAUGAUGCUGUUGGUAGCAAAUCGCUUCAGUCUUUAUUCUCAGAAUGGGAUAAUCCAGUAUUUGCCCGUUAUCCAGAGGUUGCUGUUGAUGUAAGCAGUGGCCAGGCUGAGAGCUUAGCGGUUAAAAUUCACAACAUCUUGUUUCCCUAUCGUUUCACCAAAGAAAUGAUUCAUUCAAUGCAGGUUCUCCAGCAAGUUGACAACAAGUUUAUUGCCUGCUUGAUGAGCACAAAGACUGGAGAGAAUGGCAAGGCAGUGCUUCUUGCUUGUCCAGGAGGAAACCUGCUGGUCUUGGUGGAUCAACAUGCCGCGCAUGAGCGUGUCCGUUUGGAGCAGCUCAUUAUUGACUCCUAUGAAAAGCAACAGCCACAAGGCUCUGGUCGGAAAAAAUUACUGUCUUCCACUCUAAUUCCUCCACUAGAGAUAACAGUGACAGAGGAACAAAGGAGGCUCUUAAGGUGUUACCACAAAAAUCUGGAAGAUCUAGGCCUUGAAUUUAUGUUUCCGGACACUAGUGAUUCUUUGGUCCUGGUGGGAAAAGUGCCACUCUGUUUUGUAGAAAGAGAAGCCAAUGAACUUCGAAGAGGAAGGUCUACUGUGACCAAGAGUAUCGUGGAGGAGUUUAUUCGAGAACAGGUGGAGCUACUCCAGACCACAGGAGGUAUCCAAGGGACGUUGCCAUUGACUGUCCAGAAGGUAUUGGCAUCCCAAGCCUGCCAUGGGGCCAUUAAGUUCAAUGAUGGCCUGAGCCAAGAGGAGAGCUGUCAUCUUAUCAGCGCUCUGUCUUGGUGCCAGCUGCCAUUCCAGUGUGCCCACGGGAGACCCUCAAUGCUGCCACUAGCCGACAUAGACCACUUGGAGCAGGAAAAACAGAUUAAACCCAAUCUUGCUAAACUUCGUAAGAUGGUCCAAGCUUGGCAUCUCUUUGGAAAAGCAGGAUGUGAUACAAGGCAGAGCCUGCAGCAAUCCGUGCCCCCUUGUGAGCCACCAUGAGAACAGAAUUACUAAUCUGCAAGGAACCAAAGGGAUGCUGCGUGCAGAGAGCAGGACUAGCAUGUACCAGCAUGGCGUAGACUGAGUCAGCCCAGGGCACUCAAGCACCUUCAAGUUGGCCGGGCCCUUCAUGUUAGUCUUUCUUGAGCAGAUGAUCCCUCCACAGCUGAAUAGCAGCUGGAACUUGAGUUUAAAGACAAUUCAUUUAUCUGCAUCCAUGGGCUUAGGAAGUUGCCAUAUACUAUCUACCUUUUGUAACUUAUUUAAUGUUAAAAUUUAAUGAUUAAUUGUCUGAUUGGUUGGUUUGUAUUUGAGGUGUGUGGCUUUUGUUUUUGUGUAGUUCUUUCCAACAUCCAAAUCUGUGUGUGUGUGACUUUGGACAGUCUGCAUCCCCAGACCGCCCCCAGGGUUUUCCACCGGUCCCCCUUUCCCUUCUGUCUCCUGUACUUUGUGCUGCCACUACUUCACAUGCCAGAUCUCAGCCUUAGCGAGUUUCUCUGCUCUCAAGGAAAACAUUUCCUGAGGUUUUCCAUCAGUCUUUUAGUUAAAUUAUUUUAGAGAUAAAACUAUUGAUAACAAGAGCAAGGAUAGAACAGAGAAAAUUCAAAGUCCUGUUUCGGUUUUUUGUUUUGUUUAAUUGCCUCUUUCAAUACUGAGAGACUGAUGUUCACAUCUCAAACCAGCAAAAUGGUGAAAGUACUAUGAGUUUUUAAAAAUAUAUAUUUUUACGUUAUAAAGUAAUUCUUUAUGGGUGGCUGAGGCAGGUGGAUUGCUUGAGCUCACGAGUUGGAGACCAGCCUGAGCAAGAGCGAGACCCUAUCUCUAAAAAAUAGCCAGGCAUUGUGGCGGGUACCUGUAGUCCCAGCUACUUGGGAGGUUUAGGCAAGAGAAUUGCUUAAGCCCAAGAGUUGGACAUUGCUGUGAGCUUAGAUGCCACAGCAUUCUACCCAGGGUGACAAAGUGAGA